AAACGUCAACGCUCAGAGCGGCCUCAACCGAACGGAAUAUCGCAAUCGGCGUCGAAAAAGCAGAGGCUCAGCCAUCCCAGCGGAUCCCAACCACCGGCGGCAUUUUGGGAUAACUUAUCGAAGAUCUGGUUGACGAAACGAGCGUUGAGAGAGCAAGACCGAAGAAACCCUCAAGUC